GCCGACGCCCCUGGGGGCCCUGGGGGCGCAACGCGCCUGCGUCGACCUGUACGACGAGGAGAGCCGUGUGGAGGGCGAGGGCCACGUGGAGGCGUGCAUGGAGAAGGGCGACUGCGUCAACGUGGUGGCGCUCAAAGCCGUGCGCGCCAUCGACAGCCACGGGCACGGCGUCGCCGCCUGGGAGCUGCGGGACUGUGCCGGCGGCAGUCGCGUCUACGCCACGGUCGGCAGGAACGCGACCAGCGGCACGAGAGGCAUCGCAUCGGUCAGUUACGUCGGCAGCGCCUCGGAGUGGGUCACCAGGAGCAGCAACAACAACAAUAACAAUAAUAACAACAACAACGGAGACGGGGGCGGCAGCACCAACAACACCAACACCAACGUCAACAGCCGACGCUCUGCAGCUCCCGACGCCGCCCUCUCGGAGACAGUUUCAAUCGCGAACCCUGGAGCCGCGUCUGGAAUAACUGGAGUCACCCCUGGAGGCGUUGGCCGCGCCACCAACUGCAAUAACACCAACGCCCUGAUCGGGGAGGAUCUCGUCAUCCCUGCCGCCUUCAGCAACAAUAACAACAACAAUAAUAACAACAAUAACAAUAACAACAUGUUUGGAUAAUGUUAAAGUUUGUUGUGGCCAAUAUAUACAUACUUACAUACAAA